AUGGCUAUUGGCGUCGAAUCUCUUGUUGAUUUUAGGCCGGAAUCUGGUGUCAUAACUGAGGAUUUAGAUGAAGGUGACCGUAGAAGCAGUGAUGACCCUGAAUGCCUCCGUAAGCAAAGAUUGCAGAAGGCAAUGCUCGUUUCGGAAGAAUGGAAGUCUGCUAUGGUCAAACCACGUACGACAAGCAGUGGGAAAUAUGAAUAUGUUCGCCCAUCGCUGUCUGUUCACAAAUUUAAGCAGGAGUCCGCAUUUGCACUAUCCACUGAGCUGAGCGUUGCAAGUGACAGUAAAAUCUGCAGUGUUAUCAAAAAUAUGCUAUUUCUGUUACGUGAAGCCGAUCUUAUAAAGGAUAACAUUCUGUACAAGUGCAAAAAAAUGAAGGAAGACUUUGAACGUGAGGAAAGUGUGGUGCGUGGAAUUCUAGCCGAAGCAAAUAUACCGGCAGCUAUAUCGGACUCACUUCUUGAUAGUCACUUCACUAUGUCGUCGACAAGGAUAGCAGGUUCCGCUCAAGAAGCACCUCACCCAGUAGUAUCGCCAAAUAAUCGCGAACCAAGUGUCGACAGCACAAUGACAGCUGUUGUCCCACCGCCUUUUCCACCUACAAAUGUACCGCCUCCACCUGUGAUCAGUUCUGUGCCGCCGCCAAUGCCACCGGCAUUUCCUGUUCAUGCAAGUGCUUCGAUGCCUGAUCUGAGUCUGCCACCUCCGAAUAUUACUAAUGUGACCAAUAUGUCGCAGGCGGCGCCAGCGCCAACGCUGCCACCAC